GGAGAGCGAGGAGAGGUGGCCUGUCUAGGGAGACCAGGUCCAUUCUCUAUGGCCCAUUGCGGAGCUUAGGGUUUCUGGGCGCCGCAGAGGCCCCGCGAGGGAGAGCCGCCCCGGAGCCCCGCCAAGCGGAGAGCGGGCCAGCCCCGGCUGGUCCCUGGAUGGGAGACCGACGUCGAAUAGCGGGCCCUGGGCCUGGGGCCCCUGGCUGAGAAGGCCCUCUGCGGAGCCUCAGGUCCGGGGUCCAAACGGCGCGGCAAGAACCCUCCCGGAGGUCCAUGGGGCCGGCAAGGGACUCUGGGCCGCAGCGAAGGAGACGCGGAGCCACAGCGGCGGCAGCCAAAGGGGAGUCGGAGCGCCUUGGCCCCGCAGAGUGGCAGCCCUUGGCAGCAUCGUCUUCAGGGCGUUUGGGCCGAGAGAGUGGCGUCUGAGCCUGGCCCCCCGGGGACCCCCUCCCCGCCUCCUUCCUCCCUCCCUCCCUCGCAGGUGCCCAGCGCUGGAGAGCGGAGCCAGGCCAGUGGAGCCCUUGGACCAAGACCCAGAAGCUUCGGUGGAGAGCCAUCUGACUCCCAAGGACUUCCUAUAGCGCUUUUGCCCUGAGCCACAUCCACCAAGGAGCCAUGGAGGAAGAAAAAGGCAAAGCAGGAGGAGACACCUUGGUGACGCAGCCGGUCUGCCGGGCGGACGAAGUGCACGAUGGAGAGGUGCGGGAGGUGGAGGUGGCUGGCUACCCAGUGGUUUUGGUGCGGGAGCACCUCCAGUUCUGGGCGGUGGGAGGCCGGUGUCCUCAUGCGGGAGCCCCCCUCUCCAAAGGGUACUUGGCGCCAGGCCGGCUGCGUUGCCCCUGGCAUGGGGCAUGCUUCAACAUCCGGACGGGAGACAUUGAGGAGUACCCCACCCUGGACUGCCUCCCAGCUUUCAAGGUGGCUGUGGAUGGAGGGCAGGUCUACAUCACAGCAAGGUUGAAGGACCUGGAGCGCAGCCGCCGCUUGAAGGCCAUGAGCGAGCGAAACCCCCUCAACCCCCAGACGGUGCUGCUCCUGGGAGCAGGGCCAGCAUCUUUGACUUGUGCGGAGACUCUUCGGCAAGAGGGCUUUACAGGCAGGAUCAUCAUGGUAACAAGGGAGGCUCACCUGCCCUACGACAAGACCAAGCUGAGCAAGGAAAUAGGGGCCAAGGUGGAGGACAUCACUCUGCGGCCGGAGAGCUUCUUGGACGCCCAUGGCAUUGAAGUCUGGAGGCAGAAAGAGGUCGUUUCAAUUAAUCUGGAUGGCAAAACGGCCCAGUUCAGCGAUGGAACCUGUCAGGCCUACGACAACCUCCUCAUAGCCACAGGGAGCAGCCCCCGGCGCCUCAAGUGCCCAGGAUCUGACCUGCAGAACGUCUGCAGCCUCCUCACCCCAGAGGAUUCCUCCCAGAUCCUGAAGCUGGCGAUGGGCAAGAAAGCGGUGAUCAUAGGAGCAUCCUUUAUUGGUAUGGAGGUGGCAUCCAGCCUGGCUGGGAAGGCAUCGAGCAUCGAGGUGGUGGAAAGGGGCCACCUUCCGUACCAUGUGGCGCUGGGGGAGCAGGUUGGCCUCACAGCCAUGAAGAUGCUCCAGGCCCAGGGAGUGAAGUUCCACCUGGAAGCGGAGGUGGCUGAGCUGCAGGGCCAGGAGGGCAAGGUCACCCAGGUUGUUCUGGGCAGCGGACACAAGAUCCCAGCGGACGUGGUGGUGGUGGGCAUUGGCGUUGUCCCAAACUCCACUUUCCUCCAGGGAAACUCCAUCACGCUUGACCGGAGCGGUGCUGUGCUGGUGGACCUGUUCAUGAGGACUAGUGCCCCCUCAGUCUUUGCCGCAGGAGACGUGGCCUCCUUCCCAGUGGCUUUGCUGGAUGGGAAGAGCAUCCCCAUCUGCCACUGGCAGAUCGCCCAAGCCCACGGCCAUGUGGCCGCCCUGAACAUCCUGCAGCGGCAGAAGGAGCUGCACACGGUCCCUUUCUUCUGGACCCGCCUGCAAAAGAAAACCAUCCGCUACGCAGGUUGUGGGAUUGGCUACACAGACACUGUCCUGAAGGGGAACCUGGACCAGGGGAAGUUCCUCCUUUUCUACCUUAGGGAGGGCUUUGUGACGGCCGUGGCCAGCCUGAACUUUGACCCCUUGGUCUCCAUGGUGGCCGAGGUCUUGCUGUCAGGCAGAAGGAUCUCCAAGCAAGAGGCAGAGUCUAUGGAGGUGCCCAAAACCUAAGCCCACCGAUGGGAGGAAGGGACGCAGCGCCCACUUGGCCCUUGGGGCAGCGUGUCUUUGAAAACAACGCAGAUUAAAGGCUAUGAGAAACCGA